AUGGCCCCGAGCCACCUCCGGGCAGCAAUGUCCAUCCGGUCUAUGGCAUCUCCAAUGACCUUGAUGCGACCAGCUAUUACCUCCUCUAUUCUCUCAAUUUCUCAGUCCCAGGCUUCUCGCUAUGCCUCCACAACGCAAUCCGAAUCCGCACAAGAAUCUGCCACCUCUUCACAAGCUCCUGCUCCCGCCUCCCAUGGUCUUCAACCGCCCACUCUGCUCCGCAACUACGCCUACAAGACUAUGACUGGCACUGUCACUUCUGUUGGCCGCAUGAACCGAACUGUCAGCGUCACGCACCGCCACAACGUAUGGGAUAAACAUAUCCGAAAAUACUACCCGAAGGAGACCCGGUACUUGGUCUCGGACCCGAACAACUCCCUGCGCGAGGGCGAUGUGAUUGAGUUCUCCUCCGGUGCCCCUAAGAGUCGGCACGUGCACCAUGUUGUCGAGCGCAUUGUUACUCCCUUCGCGGUGCCCUUGGAGGACCGCCCGGCCGUGAUGUCGCGCGAGGAGCGCCAGCAGGUGCGCGAGCAGCGUUGGGCCGAGAAAUAUGUACGCAAGGAGUCAAGGCGACUGGGCGAGGAUAUUAACUUGGAAUCCAUUGCUCAGUCUCAGGGAUUGGUUAAGGAAGGCGAGACUGUAUCCACCGCGGACUUGAUUCACCGAAUUCAUUUGGGCCAGGAACGCGUUGGGAAGCUGAAGGCCUUGGUUCAGGAGCGAAUUGCUCUCCAGGAACGGCAAGCUGCCGAAGCCAAAGCACAGAAUACGGAGGCUUAG